UUGUGAAGAACAAUGACUCAAAAUCAAAACCCUUUUCAAAUUGUCUUCAAUACUUACGAAAACAUAGCGAAAUGUAUUCAUACCAAAUUUUCAUCUUUUUUCCCAUCUUCUUCAUCAUCAACACCAUCAACAUCAACCACGAGUGUCGGCAAUCUUAUGAUUGCACAACCCAAUGUAGAGAAUUUCACAAAGUCAAACUCUGCAAGACCUGUAACUAAAGAGGAGCUUGGAAGGUCUACUUGGACAAUGCUUCACACUCUUGCAGCUCAGUUUCCAGAUCGUCCAACAAGGCAACAAAAGAAAGAUGUGAAGGAGUUGAUGGCAAUACUAUCUAGACUUUACCCUUGCAAAGAAUGUGCUGAUCACUUUAAAGAAGUUCUGAGCGUGAAUCCUGUACAAGCCGGUUCGCAAGCUGAGUUUUCUCAAUGGCUAUGUCAUGUGCACAAUAUUGUCAACAGAAGCCUGGGAAAGCUUACAUUUCCCUGUCAACGGGUGGAUGCAAGAUGGGGUAAACUGGACUGCAAAGAGCAUGCGUGCGAUCUUGAAGGAGAUCACAAACUUUGAUAACUGAAAUUCAUGUAUUUACAUUGACAACUGAAUAGAGGCUUACAGAAAGUAAUAUUUCUCUGUUACAAAGUUGUAUGUAUAUUGGAAUUUUUUUCAAAGGGAAUCCUAUUUAUAUUUUGUUCUUACUUA